CUCAGCUCUACAGACGUCUGCAGGUGAAGCGGCCAGCUAAUGUACAACAGCGCCGCCUAGUGGCCCCAUCCUCACUUUUCACGCUCAUUGCUAGACAGACCCAGCUAUGAAAAGCAAGAGGAGAUUAAUGAAGAGGGACAAGACUUCAAUUCCCCACUGGAACAAGGUCACUCCUGGACACAACUACACAAAGGGGCUGCUGGAACCAAAAGGCAUUGACAAGUUGAUGGACAUCAACAGCACAUUUCUAAUCUGAUUGAUCCAUAAAAGUUCAUUUCUUGCUUUUCCUAGUAAAGUCUGAGGGACUUGAGUUGACAACACUGUGCCCAACACUGUCAUCUUCUGCAAUGGCCGAAGUUGGUGGCUUUUUGGCAUCUCUGGAUAUAGAUUUGCAUGGAUUUUCUUCAUCUCUUGGAAAUGUUCCUUUAGCUGACUCUCCCGGGUUUCUGAAUGAAAGACUGGGUCAGAUAGAAGGGAGACUGCAACGAGGUUCUCCCACUGAUUAUGCUCACCUAAAGGGAAUCGUGAGGAGAAGGCAACUCUACUGCAGGACUGGAUUUCACCUGGAGAUCUUCCCUAAUGGUACCGUGCAUGGCACAAGACAGGACCACAGCAGAUUUGGAAUUUUGGAGUUCAUUAGCUUGGCUGUUGGUCUCGUCAGUAUCCGUGGUGUGGACUCUGGACUGUACCUUGGCAUGAAUGAGAAAGGAGAACUGUAUGGGUCGAAAAAGCUGAACAGGGAAUGUGUCUUUCGGGAGCAGUUUGAAGAAAAUUGGUACAACACGUAUGCAUCCACCUUGUAUAAAAAUAAGCACAUAGACUCGGAGAGACAGUUCUACGUUGCCCUAAAUAAAGAUGGCUCUCCAAGAGAAGGAUAUAGGACUAAACGACACCAGAAGUUCACACAUUUCCUCCCAAGGCCUGUGGAUCUUUCUAAAAUACCAGUCAUGUACAGAGACCUCUUUCACUAUAGGUGAUGUUCCGCUACCUACUGAUGCCAGUGUACAUACCCAGGACUCUUACAGUGGCUGGAGCGCUGUUUAAAAUGCUACUUGGCCUGAAGACACAAUCCUUUUAAACCGUUGUGAGAGGACCUGUUUAAAAAGGUUGCUGUCUUGAAGAAAGGGUGAUGGCCGUCACAAUAUAAACCACUUUCCUUUUUUAUAUAAAAAAGAUACUAACUUUUGUAAAUAUAGAUAAGACAAUAGGUACUUUGUACCAUUCUCUACCAAAAAACGUAUACCACUGGUUACCAGCCUCUGGAACCCAAUAUUAAUAAGCAUUCCUGACAUUGGUUGAGUUAAAGUCUUCAGUAGAAAAAAGGCCAGUGAUGAUGGCUUUCUAUGGCCCUUUUGAUACUGAAGACUUUAAACUGAAAGUAAUGGUACUGUGCUUGAAUGUAUGAGAGCAUUAUCUUUCUAAGGGGAUCAUAUAUUUGUUCCUUUAUUAAAUGAGACAAAAAUUCCUAUAAGGAGAUUCUUUUUGGAAUCUCGUAAAACACAAUAUAUUGAUGCUGUGAGCUUACGGCAAAUAAUUAAACUGCCUUGUGGCUUUUUAUGAAUUAUGUAACCAAAAAUCAACUCAUGUUAGAAAUCCACAUGUAAAAUUCUAAACGACUGUGAACUACGGUAUCACUGAAAUCUUCCACAAGCAUUAGCACGAGACUAGAAGCUGUAUGGAGCUGAUAGGGAACGAUAUAAAUGACAUGCACGCACUACAGUAGACUUGUGUGUGAUAUAAUAUUUUUUUUAUAAAUUGUAUUAAACCACUCAAGCAGGUCAACUCAGCUUAAAAAUGAUCCCUAAGACACAAACAUAGACCCAGAUGGGGCAAACAGAAUGACUGGAAAUACAACCUGAGUGUGCUCCAUCUGUGCCUGUUAUGUGCCUUGUAUAACCAUAAAUCACAGACGAACUAACCUUUCACACGCAUAUAUGUUUGUGGUAUGAUAUAGGCACUUAAGGUCACUUCUUCAAGUGUUAAAAAUGUUGUGUAUUUGAAGAUUGGAUGUAUAUGUCAACUUCUGUAACCAACUAGGAUGAAUGAUGAACACGACCAUUGGCAUCCCAUGGCAGAAGAUCUGAAAACUAAUAAAAGAGAGGAUUUCACCACCAUUCUGUACCUAAUGUUGACCUGUACAUCAUUUGGUCAAUGCUCUUCUGAAGAUACAAAUCUGUGGAAUCCCCCCUCCCCUGAACUCACAGUGCUCCUGUUUUCAAGGAACGUUAUAUAGAUGCAAGCAUAGAUACUGUGCAUAAGGAUGAAAACUAUUUAUAAAAUGUAUAUGAUAUUUAUUUUAUAUAUUUAUUUAUUUCAAAUAAUUUUAUUUUUAAUGAGA